AUGCACCUGAAACAGCCAUUUUGGAACAAUGCCAGCUCUGCAAACUCGGACUCUGAGACCGGCUCCGAAUCGGCGGUGGCGGAGCUGGUCAACUCGCUGGACCAGCAAAGACUCUACAGGGAGGUAACUCUCGCACUCCGGACUGGACUCAGAGAAGCCCGGGCCGAGUUCUCUUUCCUUCGAGUUCGCGGACUCCACAGCAUCCUCAAAUUCCUCCGAUCCGUCGCCGACUCCGACUCCACCAUUAGCCUCUUCUGCCAUACUCAGUCCAUUCCUGACCUCCAAGUGGUACCGGUGUUAUUUCAACAGUCACUGAAGGAUGCCGUGGAAGACGAAAGCGUGGUGACUGAUUUAAAUCAUAUAUUUGGAGUGGAGCCGAUGAAAAUUCACAGUCCUUCAACGGAUGAUGAGGUAGCACUUGCACUUAGGGUAUUGGAAGGGUGCUGUCUGCUGCACCGGGGGAGCACAGUUUUGGCGCAUCAACAUAAUGCGAUUCCUGUGUUAAUGAAUAUAUUAUCAACUCGAGGGGUAACGGAACAAGGUGCCUGUUUAGAUGCCCUGAUUUCAAUAAUGGUAGAUUCAUCGGCCAACCAAACGGAUUUCGAGAGAUUCAAUGGUAUUGAGGAAGUUACUUCACUCAUACAAGAAAAACAAGCAGAUGAAAAUCUAAGGCUGAAAUGUGGAGAAUUUCUGUUGCUUCUCAUUGGACAUGUGAAUGGCAGAGAUAGGCCUCCAAUGGCAAGGAUACACGAUGACAUAAGGCGACUUCUUGGUGAAAAAUCUGCCUCAUUGAUAUGGGCUGCGAGUCAGUUUGGCUCUACUCUUAAUCCAGAGGAGAGAUUGAUGGCUCUACAAAUCCAAGCCCGCAGGGUGCUAGAAUCAAUUGACCUCUACUAA